CCCAUUACGGUACCAGGGUGCUACUGGCUGCUCUCUCGCUCGCCCCCAGGAACACGCGCGGACCACGGCACCACGCCGGGCGCAGCCGCAACUCCGCGGUGCUGCUUUCUCUCGCCAACCAAACGCCCUCCGCCCUCGGUUAGCUGGGCGAGAGAGAACGGGGGGCGCUCCCCUAAAUUUGUCCUCCCGGGCACGAGGUUCUCGGAGCCCAGCGAGGAUGAUAACCUCCCCCGUCCCCGCGGGACGCACCCGUAGGGCGCUGCUAUUCGCGGUUCAACGGCAACCCAUUUUUCUUCUCCUCGUGUUCUCUUCCACCCCAUCUCCCCGUCAGCCCGUCUCGCUCCAAGUUAGGCGCAUCUCUAACAAGGGUGGGCGAGGGGAAAAGCCUGAAGACAGAGCAAUCGAAGAAGUUGCCGAGCCAUGGGGAAGCUCGAGGCUUGCUCCUUUGUCACCUUGUCUCCGUCAGAUGAAAUUUGACUAAGAGGGCACCAUGGAGAGAGCUGAGGUCGAUGUGGACUUUACUGUUCCUGACAAUUGGAAGCUGCAUGGAGAACUAUGUAAGAAACUUUACAAGAUAGUUCAUGAAGUUUCAAAUGCCAUCCCUGCCCUUGAGAGUACAAGACCUGGAAGUAGUUCCGGACUGCUGGCAUUGAGUUCCUUGCGCAUAGCCGUCGAUAAGGCCAAGAAUCUACUUCAGUAUUGCUCAGAGUGUAGCAAACUUUACUUGGCUCUUUCAGCAGAAUGUGCCCUUUCUAAAUUUGAGAAAGCAAGAGAUGCUCUUCUAGAGAGUCUUCACCAGCUGGAAGAAACACUUCCAGAAGCAAUUGAUUCUCAGAUCCCAGAGAUUGCAAAUGAGCUGGAGAACUCAGUUUUUGCUUUGGAUCAGGCUGAAAAGCAAGCUGGUGACCAAGUGAAACAAAUAAUUCAGAAUGAGAAGAAAUCUAAUGGGUUCCUUGAUGACAAUGAACUUGAUUUUUUUAAGCAAACUGCUUUUAAAGUCGGCAUUACAUCAUCCGCAACGGCUCUUACUGAGAGAAGGGCGCUUAGAAGGGUUCUUGAGAGAGCCCAUGCAGAAGAAGACACGAAGAAAGAAUCAAUAGCAUCCUAUCUGCUGCAUCUCAUGAGGAAAUACUCAAAUCAUUUUAAGAGUGAAACAAUAGAGUCCAUCAACUCCCAGUGCUCAAGUCCUUCAUGCUCCUUCAGUUCAAUAUCAAGCUCGAUUGAUCUCCUUGGAAAUGUCCCUGCUCUGGAGAAGCUCCUACCUAGAUCUGGCUCCUUUAAUUUCAAACAGAUUAAAGGUCUAUCGGCGAGCAUGCCAUUGCCACCUGAGGAACUAAGGUGUCCAAUCUCCCUGCAGCUCAUGUAUGACCCUGUUGUCAUCGCCUCAGGUCAGACGUACGAGCGAGCUUGCAUUGAGAAAUGGUUUAGCAGCGGUAACACAACGUGCCCCAAAACUCGGAAACAGCUGUCCCAGCUCUGCAUGACACCAAAUUACUGCAUCAAGGGCCUGAUAGCAUCUUGGUGUGAACAGAACAGGGUUCCAGUUCCAUCUGCACCGCCGGAAUCUCCAAAGCUCAAAUAUUUGCGGAUAGCGUCUCUCAAAAGUAGCAAAUGCCUGGUGACCAAUGGUGUCAGCACCAUUUUGUUUGAAGAAACUGGUGGAAAAGACGAUGUCAAGUUGAACCCUGAUGAUGCUUUCGAGAAGUGCUCUAGUCACAACUCCAGAGAGGCGGCAUCUGAGAUAUGCGAAGAGGAAGAAAUGUUCAAGGAGAAUUGCUCUCAUCAGAACACCGGGGAGGCUGCGCCCGAGAGAUGUGAACGUUGGCUACGCGUGCUGAACAAGAGUGGCGAGUGUAUCGAUGAGCAGCGUGAGGUGGUCGAGCAGAUCAGGUUCCUGUUGAAGGAUGAUGAUGAACUCAGGAACUAUGUGGGUGCUAAUGGUAUUACAGAGCCACUGACCUACUUCCUGAAGAUGGCUGUCGAAAGAGAAGACGUGCAAUCUCAGGAGGUUGGAACAAUGGCUCUUUUCAAUCUCGCUGUCAGCAAUAACAGGAACAAGCAGCAGCUCCUCUCAGCUGGAGUCAUACCCCUGAUGGAGCAGAUGAUACAGAAACUGGAGACCUGCGAGGCUGCCGUGGCGAUGUACCUCAACCUCUCUUGCCUGGAGGAGGCACAGGCGAUCAUCGGCGCAAGCGAAGCCAUCCCUUUCCUGAUCAAGAGCCUGCGAGAAGAAGGCGCCCGGAGCGACACCUGCCGCAUGGACGCCCUCCUCACGCUGUACAACCUGUCCCUGCACGCGCCCAACAUCUCGCCCCUCCUCUCCUCAGGCGUCAUCCAUAGCAUCCACGCCGUCCUGACGCCGUCCUCCUCGUGGACGGACAAGGCCCUCACCGUCCUGAUCAACCUCGCGAUGACGUGGGCCGGGAAGAAGGAGAUCGCUGCCAACCCGUCCAUUGUGGGCGACAUUGUGCUCAUCCUCGACAACGGCGAGGCCGCCGAGCAGGAGAAGGCCGUGUCGUGCCUGUGGAUCAUCUGCAGUGGUGACGAAGGGUGCAGCCAGACGGUGCUCCAGGAAGGCGUGAUCCCGGCGCUGGUGUCCCUGACGGCCAACGGCACGGGCAGGGCCAAGGAUAAGGCGCAGAAGCUGCUGAGGCUGUUCAGGGAGCAGCGGCAGCGGGAGCUGGAGCAGCCGCGGGUGGAGCUCCACGAAGUGGCGUCCCAGGCGGUCGCGGAGCAGAAGCUGCAACAGCAGCAAGAGGAAGAGGAGGAGCAGGAGGAGGUGGCGGCGCUAGCCGUGAAGAACGCGGCUGGCGAGCAGAGCGACAGCGGCGGCAAGAGGCCGCCGCGGCUGAGCAGGUCGCGGUCCAAGAGGUUCGCCAGGGCCUUCACUUGCCUUCUCAAGAAGUGGACAUUGCAAAAGGGUGGUGACAGUUGUAAACUGUAAACAUAUGACCCGAUCACAUUUAUGAUCACAGAAUGGAUCCAUCAGAUAUAUAUUGCAUACCACAAGCUUCACGUCACAGACCUGCGAUCCAUUGAUACAGCAGAAAGCAAAGCUUCAUCGACACAACAUCACAGAUUGCAAUUCAUUGAUGUGUUUGAUCCGGGCAUCUCUUGUCAGAAAGUUGAGCGUCAGGCUAAUAGUGUGGCUCAUGUUAGUGCGUUGAGUGGGGAUGUGUUAAGCGACUCUGUGUCGUCCUGCAUGAUGAGCAUUGAGUCUUGAUUGUACUCGUAUUGCCUGUAAGUAAUAUAAUUCCCACUUUAAAAAAAAUUGCAAUUCAUUGAGAACAAAAGGCUUCAUGGAUA